CAUGCUCCACGCAGGUCUAGUCUGUCCGCCCCUCACCUGACCUGCAGACCGACCCCUCACGAGGAGACACGGUCAAUUUUGGCGGAAAAAAAAACAUCCAAAAUCUCGUGUCGGGGAUUCCGGUCGGUCUCGAAGGCAGCAGCUGUUAGUGGUAAACAUCCUGUUUUGAGUUUUUAUUUUAUUUGUGUUUAACCUCCGCGAGGGGGGAAAAGAAGCGAGGAUGGAUCCACUGGUUGCUGCGAUUGAUCAGGGCACGAGCUCGACGAGGUUUCUGGUGUUCAACGCAAAAACAGCUGAAGUGAUCAGUCAACACCAGGUCGAGAUCAACCAGAGCUUCCCAAAGGAGGGCUGGGUGGAGGAGGACCCCAAGGAGAUCAUGCAGUCCGUGUACGAGUGCAUGGAAAGGACCUGUGAGAAACUCUGCGAGCGCAACAUCGACGUCUCCAACGUAAAAGCGGUGGGCGUGACCAACCAGAGAGAGACGACCCUGGUUUGGGACAAAGAGACCGGAGAGCCGCUUUACAAUGCCAUCGUUUGGCUGGACCUGCGCACUCAGUCCACGGUCGAGCGGCUCAUCAACAAGGCGCCAGAAAUGAACAAGAAUCACCUCAAGCACAAGACGGGCCUUCCCAUCAGCACCUACUUCAGUGCAGUGAAGCUGCGUUGGCUGCUGGACAACGUGGAUGAAGUGGCUCAAGCCGUGAUGAGCGAGCGGGCCAUGUUUGGCACAGUGGACUCCUGGAUCAUCUGGUGUCUGACGGGGGGCAGGAACGGAGGGGUUCACUGCACAGACGUCUCAAACGCCAGCCGCACCAUGCUCUUCAACAUUCACACCAUGGACUGGGACCCUGAGCUCUGCAGGUACUUUGACGUUCCGAUGGAAAUCCUCCCCAAAGUCCGCAGCUCCUCUGAAAUCUACGGCUACAUGAAAUCCACCUCACUUGCAGGAGUUCCCAUCUCUGGAUGUCUUGGUGAUCAGUCAGCUGCUCUGGUUGGUCAGAUGUGCUUCAAAGAGGGACAGGCCAAAAACACGUAUGGGACCGGUUGCUUUCUGCUCAGACAUACAGGGACCAAGCCGGUGAUGUCCGAUCACGGCCUGCUCACCACAGUCGCCUACAAAAUGGGAAAAGACGAGCCUGCGGGCUACGCACUCGAGGGUUCAGUUGCCAUCGCGGGGGCGGUGGUUCGGUGGCUGAAGGACAACAUGGGGAUUGUGAAGUCCUCCUCUGAGAUCGAGACGCUUGCAGCUGCAGCAGGCUCGUCUUAUGGCUGUUACUUUGUGCCGGCCUUCUCCGGGCUCUAUGCCCCCUACUGGGAGCCGAGUGCAAGAGGCAUCAUCUGCGGCCUCACUCAGUUCACAAACAGGAACCACUUGGCGUUUGCAGCGCUGGAGGCCGUCUGCUUUCAGACCAGAGAGAUCCUGGAUGCGAUGAACCAGGACAGCGGCGUGCCUCUGACGCAGCUGAAGGUGGACGGAGGCAUGACGGCCAACAGGUUACUGAUGCAGCUGCAGGCAGACAUCCUCUGCAUCCCUGUAGUCCGACCCACCAUGUCAGAGACCACAGCUCUGGGUGCGGCCAUGGCAGCAGGGACAGCAGAGGGGGUGGACGUGUGGAACCUGAGCCCCGAUCACCUCCCACACGUCACAAGUGAGAAGUAUGAACCUCAGAUCAAGCCUGAAGAGAGCGAGUUCCGCUUUGCUCGCUGGAAGAAAGCCGUGCAGAAAGCCAUGAACUGGGAGACCACAGAGCCGUGCUGCAAUGCCAACGGUUUAGGAAAGAAGAUGAACAGCACCCCCUGGGGGGUCCCUCCCACUCCUCCUCCCACCAGAGCAGACCCCUAAGAUCACAAUCAGUAACCGAGCUACAAGACCUUCACGGGAACACGGACGCUUGUUAUGGAGCAACACUAAAAGAGGGAACAUGCUCAGUGUGUAGAGGACGUGAGGCGGCUGCAUCAGGAGAUAUGACGUCACUUGGGAGUGAUGUGUAGCCUGCUAGCAGUAGCAUCGCACUGCUUCACAUAAGUGAAAUCGUCAAACUUUAAAGUGCCAGCUGAAUGAAGAGAUUUUUUUGAAACAACUGUGAAAACUUUCUUUGGUACAUUUUUGUGUUCCUUCUCAAAAAGGGGAACUUGUGUCUGAAGCACAAUAUGAAUUUGCCUUCUUGUACAGUAAUGUGUAGAAUAAAAAUCAAGUGCCAGAAGGAAAGAGUUGCACAUUUGUACAUCAACACUGUCACACUGCUUUUUUUUUUGUCCAUUUCUACACUGCAGUGUUGAUUUCUACUAUUCGAGAUCCCAAAGUGGACUUCUUGAAAUUGGUUACCACUCAACGUACGUCUUUUUAAAAAAGUUUGUGUUUGUCUCUGGAUGAAAUGAAGAAUGAGACCGACACAUUUGGGUCAGAAUAAUCAACCACUGGAUCUUUUUAAUGAGCUUCAAGUCUUCUCGGAUUAAGAAGACUUAAGGAGAACUGUUUGACAUGAGCGGACACUAUGCAGGCUUUUAUUUUGUUUUAAAGGGAGGAGUGUUUUUAUCUAGACUGUUUUCAAGAAAGGGAUUUAUAUGUUUUUAAAUUAUGCCAGACGUCCACAUGUGCGAUCAGUUAAAGGGGGACACUGGAACUUUUAAACCGGGCCCUGUUUUUGCAGAUUUUAGAAGCAAAGUGACGAGUAGGUGGGUUCACUUUUUAAGUUGCCUGAGCCGGCAGCCUUCAAACUGUCUCUGUAUGUUCUCAGUCAUCCAGGUCAUGUUAGAUUUAAUGCUUGAUCCAAAGGAAACUGGACUGGUUGAAGAUCUUGAUGUUUCACCUCUCUUCAUCAGAAAGGCUUUGUCGGUUUAGAAGAUCUGCAACCAGUCCAGGAUCCUCUGGAUCAAGCUUUGACUAAAGCAUGAAACUGUAGUGACAGCAAUGUUAAUCCUGUGGAGAAAAGCUGCACAGUGUGUCCAUUAAAAGUGUUGUUCUGAUUGUUAUUCUACAUGUGACCAUUUUAAUAAAGUAACUCUCUGCAGAGA